AUGGGUGUUCGGGACCACGACCAGGCGUCGCUCGCCUCCAUUGGCAAGGACUUGGAGAAGGUCGAUAUCAUUGAGAUGUACAAUGCCAACAAGUACGCCAACAUUGGUCUCUCGACGGAGGAUGCCGACUUCUUCGAAAACUUUCCCGCGGACAAGAAGAAGAAGAUGCUCAGGAAGAUUGAUAUUCGACUCGUUCCGGUCCUUGCUCUGCUUUACUUAGCUGCCCACAUUGACAGAGCCAACGUGGGUGUUAUCUUCAACGCGAAGAUUGAGGGCUUGACAACGGAUCUGGGUCUUACUGGAAUCCAGUACAACAUCGCUCUAUCGAUCUUCUUCGUCCCAUACAUCCUCCUUGAAGUCCCUUCAAACGUUAUCCUGAAGAAGUUCAAGCGACCAUCAACUUACAUGGGCAUUCUCGUUGUAACCUGGGGCAUUAUCAUGACCUUCACUGGCAUCGUCAAGAACUUCGCUGGACUCAUGGUCACUCGCGUUCUGCUUGGUAUCGCUGAAGCUGGCUUUUUUCCCGGUGCCGUAUACUUGAUCACCCGCUGGUACGCGGCUAAACAGGUUCAAACUCGCCUUGCGCUCUUCUACUGCGCCAGUGCUCUCUCAGGCGCCUUCUCGGGCCUCCUCGCUUUUGCCAUUGCCAAGAUGAAUGGCGUGGGCGGACGCCCGGGCUGGGCCUGGAUCUUCCUACUAGAGGGCAUCGCAACCGUGGUCAUUGGCGCGGCAUGCUUCUUCAUUAUGCCAGAUACCCCUGCGCUUUCCCGUAAGUGGCUUGACGACGAUGAGGUCCGCUGGCUGGAACUCCAGACUGUAAUCAAGGAAGGUGGCCGCACUUCGAUGGAGAAGUCGGAGAAGUUCAAGUGGUCGUACUUGACCGAUCUUCUCACCGACUACAAGGUCUACAUGCAAGCUUGGAUUCUGUUCACUGCGUCAACUUGCGCUUAUGGCCUCAAGUUCACCAUGCCAUCAAUCACCAAGUCCAUGGGCUAUACAUCAUCUCAAGCCCAGUUGAUGACCAUCCCACCCUACGUCGCCGGCGCCAUCUCCGCUAUCGUCCUCUCCAAACUCUCCGACCACUUUCAAUGGCGGGCCGUCUUCAUCUUCGGUCAAAUGGCCACAGUCCUCGUCGGCUUCUGCAUACUCCUUCCUUUGGCACCCAGCAUUGCCACCCAGAUUGGCCCCUGUUAUCUGGCCGUCAUGUUAAUCUGCAUUGGACAAUACCCUACGAACCCAGCCGGCUCUGCUUGGAUCUCGGGAAACUUGGCAGGUGACACCAAGCGUGCGAUCGGUAUUGCGUUGAACAUCUGUCUUGGCAACAGUGGUGGCAUUGUUGGAUCUUACAUCUUCCUCGACUCAGAAGACCCGGGCUACCCAACGGGGUUCGGCAUUGGUCUCGGUUUCGCCGCUGCGACUCUCCUUUGCACCGUGGCAUUGGAGGCCUCGUACUGGAGAAUCAACAAGUCAAGAGAUAAGCUGACCGAAGAGGAAGUUCGUGCUCAGUACAACGAUGAGCAGCUGGCCAGGAUGGGUGAUAAGAGCCCGCUGUUCAGGUAUAAGUACUAA